AUGAAGGAGCGCAUCGUCGGCAUGCACAAAAAGAGCACUGCGGAGCCCAAGCGGCCACACCGCAUGUCCUCGAUCCUCGCCUUCCGUGAUACCUCGCAAAAGGCGCCCAAGCGCCUCUUGCCGACCCAGUUCCUCGCUCAACUGCAGCUUCCUGCACGACAAGUGCCUGUGGACAUGGUGCGGCAGCUGCGUGUAGCACUUGCUACUGAGUCUCACAUGUGGAUCCAGACCUUUAUCGAUGCGGGCGGGUACCGGGCGCUGCUAGCGCGCUUCGACGACCUUUUUCAGAUGGAAUGGCGCGAAGAACAGCACGAUGAUACCCUCCUGCAUGAGCUGCUUCGCUGUCUCCAUACUCUCUCGUCAUCUCCAAAAGGACUGGCCUGUAUCGAGGCGGCUGCGCCCGCUCCGAUGGAGCAGCUUGUCGCUCUCCUCUUUUCUGACCGGACACCGGGCGAGCUCGACACUCGCCGCCUUAUUAUCCAGCUUCUCAUCCAGAUCGUUCCCCUUUCUCUCUCACCGCAGGUGCUCGAUAAGCGCCAACUACAUCGCGUCCCGGUGGAUGACGUGUCAUGUGUCUCUGCCGCCAUGGCCAAUGACGUCCAUACAGGAGCCGUGCUCGUGGCCAUGCUUCUUCAUACCCCCAAGCCUGCCGCCUUUGAAACCAAAGUCGAGUUUCUGCAGCGGCCCAACGAGCACCAGCCACUUCGCACGUAUAUCUCUCUUCUUCAGCAAGUAUGCAAAGAGUUUUUCUGGAUAUUUUGCCACAAAGAAAACAGGGUGCUCGAUUGGCACAAGUUGGAUAUCAAGUCUGUCACCGCGCCCCAAGUUCCCAAUGGGAUCACAGGCAGUGUGGAAUGGGACGCCACCAUGUACUUGACGUCGCAUCUGCGCCUGCUCACCACCGUACUGAGGUCCCUACAAACGUCGUGCCCUCGCGCGGCUUCGUUGUUCAUGCAGGGGCUCGAGGAGGCCGGCUUGAAGCGCAUUCUCGAAGCCAUCUCCAUGGCCUCCCAGGUGUACUAUAUUUCUCUCCAUGCCGAGUUGGCACAUCUGUGUGCCAUCCGCAUGGAGCUCAAGUAUGAGAUGGAGAAGACCAUCAAUACAAGCACGGAUGCCGCGCCAAAGGCACCGCAAGCGUCGCGACCCGCCCCCGCCACGCCUGUGCCACGGCCGCGGACCUCGAGUCAGCGGUCUACCGUGUCACUGGUGCGGCAUUAUCGAACGCGUAUCUUUUCCUAUUCACUCGCAUUCUGUUAA